CAACCCAUUAAAAAAACCAAAAACCAGAAAAACAAAAACAAAAACAAAAACAUGUCAUCAACAACAUUGCAUUCAAAACUCUCCCUUCUCCUUCUCUUUCUCACAACAUUUUCCUUCCUCCACCAAAAUGUAAUCAGUUCCACUUCCGCCACCACCACCAAAACGGCGUCGUUUCAGACCCUGAACACAAAACCGGACAUCUUCAACCCCAAGCUCCCCCCCAGAUCCCUCUCCUCCUCCAAGAAGUUCGAGGGCUCCUCCGACCUCGUCAACCUCCGCUACCACAUGGGCCCCGUCCUCUCCUCCUCCCCCAUCAACAUCUACCUCAUCUGGUACGGCAAGUGGGCUCUACCCCAGAAGCGCCUCAUCAAGGACUUCCUCCUCUCCAUCUCCCCCACCUCCGCAUCCGCCUCCGCCUCCGCCGCCGCCUCCCCCUCCGUCUCUGAGUGGUGGCGGACCGUCUCCCUCUACACCGACCAGACCGGAGCGAACGUCUCCCGAUCCGUCGUUGUCGCCAGAGAAUACGCCGAUCUGAAGUACUCCCACGGGUCCCACCUGACCAGACUCUCCGUACAGCAGGUCAUCGCCAACGCCGUGAAAUCCGGUCCAUUCCCGGUCGACCACAAGCACGGGAUCUACCUCAUCCUGACGUCGCAGGACGUGACGGUGCAGGAUUUUUGCCGGGCGGUUUGUGGGUUCCACUACUUCACGUUCCCUUCCCUCGUCGGCUACACUCUCCCCUACGCCUGGGUCGGGAACUCCGGGAAGCAGUGCCCCGAGGUCUGCGCCUACCCAUUCGCCGUCCCCGGGUACAUGGCCGGAGGUGGGCCCGGGGCGUUGUCGCCGCCGAAUAGGGAUGUUGGCGUUGACGGGAUGAUCAGCGUGAUUGCGCACGAGUUGGCCGAGCUGGCGUCGAACCCGCUGGUGAACGCGUGGUAUGCAGGGGAGGACCCGACGGCGCCGACGGAGAUCGGGGACUUGUGCGAGGGGCUGUACGGCACCGGAGGCGGCGGCGGGUACAUUGGGCAGGUGAUGAGGGACAGAGAAGGGAGGACUUACAAUGUCCAUGGGAGGAAUGGGAGGAGGUUUUUGGUGCAGUGGAUUUGGAGUCCCGUUUUGAAAGCUUGUGCUGGUCCUAAUGCUUUGGAUUAAAUCUGAACAAAAAACAAAAAAACAAAAAACAAAAACAAAAAGAAUAGUUUUUUUUUUAAUAAAUUUUUUUCCUCUUUUUUUUGGGCUUUCUGCUCAGGUUCUUACUGAGUUGGAGGAGAAGGGUCAAAGUGGAGGGACAAAGUUGAGCUUUACUUGAGCUUGAGCCUAGUUUGUGUAUUUUUUUUUCCUCCUAUCUUCCUUUUCUUUUCUCUUUUUCAAACUCAUUAUUAUUAUUAUUUUUUCUUUUAUUUUCAAGUGGGCUCUUUUUAGAUGUAAAGAAGGGUGAAGAUGGAAGGUGGAAGGUGGAAGGUGGAAGGCGGAGGAUAUCCUGUUAUAGCUUAAUAGAUUUUCAGAUUCUAUAGUAUAUAAUUUUUUUUUUAAUCCAAUGAAA